CAAUACUCUGCCCGUGUAUACACAACUCAAGUACAGAGGAAUUGAAACUUGCACGUCAAAGUGCUUUUAUUUUUAAAAUACCAUUAAACUGUUUUAAACAAUCAUGAGUGACGUCGCUGCUGACGCUCCCGCACCAGUGCAGGUGGCGAAAAAGAAGAAGACAAACAAGCCUAAAAACAAGAAACCCGCAAACCAUCCAAAAUAUUCAGAAAUGAUCAAGGCUGCCAUUUCUUGCUUGAAAGAGCGUGGUGGUUCCUCACGUCAGGCCAUUCUGAAGUAUAUUAUGGCCAACUACAAUGUUGGGAAAGAUGAGAAGGUCAUAAACAGUCACAUGAAGAUGGCACUUCGUGCAGGUGCUAAAAAUGGCAACCUGAAGCAAUCUAAGGGCACAGGUGCCUCAGGUUCUUUCAAACUUGGCAGCAAGGAAUCGGAGAAACCGAAGAAAAUCAAGUCGCCGAAGAAGACAACGAAGCCAAAAGCUGUGAAGGCAAAGUCUCCAGGGAAGGCAAAGAAACCCAAAGUAAAAAAACCGGCAGCUGCUAAAAAGUCCUCAACUCCCAAGAAAACUUCAGUAAAGAAACUCAAACCUGCAAAAUCUGCAAAGUCCAAGAAGGUUAAAUCGCCAAAAAAGAAAGGUUCACCCAAAAAGGCAGCUGCGAAAAAGUGAAUUUCUGUGAAUUGUCAUAAACUGAGAUGAGACUCUUUAUGCGUUAUAAUUUACAGACUUACUCAAUCACUGUUUGCCGUUUCUUAAUUUACAUGGAUCGGCAACACAAUUUGUGGAAAUGAUAUUUUGGACUGAAGGCUUCAAACUCGGACAAAACAUUUCAGUUUGAAAUGGAGCUGCCACCAUUGUUUUUGGAGCUUUUGAUGCUGUGUAUGUUAAUGAAAUUUUAUAAGAUGUUUGUACAGAAUCAACAUCAGUCAUUUUACUCGUCUUAUCUUUUGCAUCACUUCCCAUAUAUAUGACAACCCAUCUUGUUUGAUCUCAUUUCAUUUAAGUUUAGUCGUGUACAUUAAUGCGUCAUGACACUGGAUAUCGGCCGCUCGUCAAUUCUUGGGAGUGGGGAGUUGUUGCUAUCAUCUUCAAGCUUUUUUCUUUUGUUUUUCUUUUGAUGAAAAAAAAAAAUUGCCCAUUUAUCUUGAAUAGAAUUUAUACACAUGUUCAGAGGAAGACGUGAUUGAAGAUUGAAGGAGGUAUGUAUAAAGGGGUAUCGGAUUCUGUUGCUGGAGAUAAAAUUGAUAAGAAAAUGACCACUCAAUUUUGGCCACUUACAAAGCUUCGUUGCUCUUGAAAACUUCAAAGUGUUUAUUUGAAUGACAGGUUAUUCAAUUGUAUUAUUUUGACGAGCACUUGAUUUUAUCAC